AAUCUUAUUAACGAUAUAGAAAGUGGAAAAUAUGGAGAAGAAUCUCUCAAACUUUUUAAAGAAAUUGAAAAGGACUCCAAAGAAAAAGAAGAAGAAGAAAUAAAGAGAAUGGAAGAACAAGACAAAAAAAUAGAUAUGAGAAAUGUUGAAGAAGUUAUUAACAAGACAGACGAUAAAUUAAAACAAUGUGCAAUGAAAGCUUUUUAUAAUACCGAUAUAAAUGAAAAACAAAAUCCAGAUGUUAAAAAAGAAUAUGACAUAAUGCAAAAAAUAGAAAAAACAUUUGAUGAAAUUGAUGAUGAUAAUUAUCCAGAAGAUAAAUUAAAUAUAACAAAUAUUUAUGAUAAAAUAAAAACAAUGAAAAUCGAUGACAAACAAAAACAAAAAAAUCCUUUUACAGAUACGGCAAAGUCGUUGUUAAAGUAUAAAGGUUUGCUACACAUGCCAUUUGUAAAAGGACCACUGCUAAACAAUAAUACUUUUGAUUGGAGAGAAUCUCUGGAAUAUGUAGAAUUGAAUAUACCAAUAUAUGAUGAAACCAAUUGUGAAGAUAUUUCUUUUCAUUUCAAAAAUGAUUAUAUAAAGCUUGAAAUAAAUAAGGGUAACACAAAGGAACUACUACUUGAUAACAUGCUGUGUGGUAAAAUAAGUUAUUCAGAUGCCUACUGGGUAAUAAGCAAUGAAUACAAAGAAAAUAAAAAAUACAUAAAUUUGAUUAUACCUAAAUUAAGUGGUUAUUAUUAUAUAUGGGAAAAGCUUUUACAAGACGGUAAAGAAACAUGA